GUUGUGAGGACUUAAUCACUGACUGAACUUCAGAGAGGUGGAAGGCUGAAGAAGUUCGACAGGUUUUACAUGGAGUUCGAGAGAGCUGGAACCAUGACCGUCUUCGUGCUUGCAUCUAUCUUUCUGACGGGUGCGAUGUACGCAACUCCUGCAGCUGCGGGAGAAGGGCCGGCAUUCGACAGUGGCCUGCAGUUGACUGACCCCGGAAAACUUGGUCUUGUCAGCCAAGCAUCGUACUAUACUGCACCAUACGUCCCGAGUGCGUGCUACGGGUUCGACACAAGCCAGUUCCCUGCGGGCAACAUAAUGGCAGCGGGCGGUGACGGAGCUCCCAACAUCUGGAACGGCGGCGCCAACUGCGGCAGGUACUUUGGAAUCGACUGCAACGGAGCCGGAUGCUGGCAGGGUUCCCACCACAUCGACGUCAAAAUCGUCGAUCGGUGCCCGAACGGCUGCUCGGGAGGACGAGCGUUCGACCUGACGUACGAGGCCUUCGGAGCCAUCGCCAACCACGACCAGGGUGUCAUCACAGUCUUCUACGGCCAGAACCCCAACCCGCUGUCCGACGCUCAGUACUCAUUCAACUUCUCCGGACUCGAGCUCCCUGCAGAAUUCCAGAUGUUUCAGCGAUCCGGUGUCGUCCUCACCCAAGACGGGAUCGCAUAAGCGCCUCGUCUUCGAAUGGCGAAUGUCUUCCCCUGGCUCCAUGGUCUGGGUCUCCUGAGGAACACUGAGUCCUCGAUCCUGACAGUAAUACGACGCAAUGUCUGCCCUCGACUCGUUGGCGUCGUCUGUCUACUCCAAGAAAACACAUGAUCAUAAUAAUGAUAAACAAGGGAGACCGAGAGAGAGAAGCUUGUGUUUGAGUCUGUAAUCAGCUUUCUGGUGCUGAAGGGGCUACUGAACUAUCCUUUCGUCGAAGAAAACAUCCAUCCGCGUGGCAGUAAGGGCAACGCGCCCUCAUGAUUUGUUGUAACUUUGUGAUGCUAUAUUGUUAGACCCUGGAUACGGAUGUCGUUUCAUCUGAAGGGGUCUUCCCAUCCAUUUUGAUGUUUACUUGGGCUUCCUUUGAUUGUGCAUUUUUGGGGGGUUGUUUUAGGACCAAUCUUUCAAGUAACCAGAGAAAAUAAAGCCCAAAUCCAGUUCUCAAGC